GCAUAUGUGUAAGUGUAUAAUUGCAGUAUGUGUGUUUCAGUGUUCGACUCAAGAUUCGACUGACGAUAUAAAUUGACUUUUUCAUAUUUUUAUAGACAUUAGCGGGGAAAAUCCUAAUUAUGAGCUUUCUGGCUGCCGUGUUGGCCUCCGCAGGCGAGGUAGAAAUGACAGACUUGGACAAAAAUGUAUCCGAACUUAAACACAAAAUCACAAACCUCGAGUACGACAUCAAGGAAGCAAUGGAACAACGUUAUAUGAAGUUUGCAGUGGUGUCUAGGGAUGCUGCAUCGUUGUUAGAUACAGCCCAGUCAUAUUCAAAUCAAAUUAACAACCUUAUAUCUCGAAUUGACAAUCAGACUAAAAGAGAAGUUGUAGACGCGAUGUCUGAUCUGAAAAUGUUCAAAUCUACUUUGGAAGAAAAUAAAAACGGCUUGAUUGUUAUAGAACAAGUCCUGGAAGCAAGCAUGAAUUUAACAAGUGACAGUCAAACUAAACUAUCAUUAGCUGAUAGGAUAAAAAAUUUGCAAACUGCUCAAUACAUUUUAUUAAACAAUGAACAUUUAACAAAAUUGGAUGUAUACAAACCUUUAAUGAGAGAACAUCAAAGACUAACUGAUGUCUUACAUUCAAACUGUAUAUCAGCUUGGAGAAAGAAAAUAGAAUGGUCAGAGAAUGAUACGAAUAGUCAAGACUCGUGGAGAGUGAUUUUAAAAAUAUCUGGCAGUCAAGAGGAUAUUUGUGAUACUGUAUUUGCAUUGCAACAUUUUGACAGUCUCAAUAUUGAAGUAAAACAAUUUGCAGAUAAACUAAUAAAUUUAAUUGUAAAACCAAUUAUUAUUCAAAACUUACAAGUUGAUGUGGUAAAAUUUGUGAAUAUCUCAACAAUGACUCUUAAAGUUUCCAAUAAUGAAGAUGAAUUUCUGUCAGCAAUAAUCAAAAAACUCAAGAAUGUAUUUGAAUUUCUUAGUUCCACUCUUCCUGCUGACAUCAAUGAAAUCCAAAUUAUGUCUUAUUUAGGAUCCUAUGCAAGUCAGCAAUUUUGUAAACAUUUUAAAGACAUAGUUAUAUUUAAUGCCGUACCAGUGAAAUAUCACAAUCUUGAUAAUUUUCGAGAAGAUCUGAAUGAAGUUCUUGAGUUCAACAAAUAUUUAAGUGAACUAGGAUUUUUUGAAGAAUCAAAUGAUGAAUUGAUAAAAUAUAUUGAAAAUAUUGAUAAUUUAUUUUUCACAAAAAUUAGUCAAUUAUACUAUGAUAGAGCAAGAACUAUUAUAAAGAAAGAUCUUCACGAUUUAGUUGAAGUGAAUAAUGAAAACAGAUGGACUCCUGAUGAAGACGUUAUAGAUGAUAAUGGGUUUUGCCAAAAAAUUUUUGCUUAUCCACAAAGUAAAGUGAGUAAAUCAUUAUUAGAAUUUCUAGAUCUUAUUGAUACAGUAGCCUCAGAAAUGUCUAGCAUACCAGAAAAUAGUACUUGGAGAUAUCAUGAUAUAUUAAAUAAUAUAACAAUUAUGUACUGUGAUGUAAUACCGCUUCAGCAUUGUAAAGUGCUAGAAUUUCAUCCUCAGCAAUCCGCUGUUCUUUACAAUAAUAUUAUGUAUUUUACUCGGAAAUUGGCUGAAUUAAGUCCAACCUAUAAGAACUUACUCAUCGUCCAUUUACUUGAAAAACUAAAAAAUUUAGCUAGUGAAAUACUUCAUUCUCAAUGCAAACAGCAAAUUACACAAAUUGAAAAAAUUGUCAAUCAAUCUGAUAUUAUUUUGAUGGCUGUAAACUCAAAUUUAGGCUAUUCUGUUGAAAAAAGUAUGUCACAAUGUUAUGAACUUCUAUCUAUCUUGAGUGGUUUGUGGAGAGAUAUUUUGCCAUCAACUGUAUACUGUAAAUUUAUUGGUUAUUCGUGUAACGGUUUAUUUGAGUGUCUUGUUAAUAAGCUAUUCACAUUAGAAGAUAUAUCAGCUACUUCAGCAGAACAGUACUCGUCUAUUUUCAACAAAAUCAUCAAAGAUAUUCCAACCUUAUUUCCGGAACCCAAAGAAGUUCAUAGAUAUGUUCCUAAAUGGUGGCAGUUAAAUGAAUUAGUGUAUAUAUUGAGUUCCAGUAUGAAAGAUAUUGAAAACCGUUGGGCUGAUGGAAAAGGUCCAUUAGCUAAUGAAUUAAAAGUUGAUCAAAUAAAAUGCUUGCUGAAAGCUCUAUUUCAAAAUACUGAUAGAAGAGCAGCGUUACUUAAACACAUUAUGGCUACUGCACAGUCAUAAUAAUGAUUGAUUUAUGUAUAUAUAUAUAUAUAUAUGUCAUUACCAAUUUUACUUAAAUAUAAUAUAAUUAUAAAAUGUCACAUUGGUAACUAGAAACAUAAAACUGUAACUAUUGUUGUAGAAAAUAAUAUAUUUAAUAAAAAUUAUUUAUUCGUACACAUUGUACACAGUAAAGUA